GAAGAUAAGAUAAAGGCCAUAUAAAGAGACAGGGAUGCGCAUCCAUCCUUUACCCUCAGCUGCAUCAGCGCCUCAGGACGGCUGUCUGUCUCCCCCUCGCCGCCUCACCUGUCACCAGAGCAAACGUAAGUGCAAAGAAAUUCAUCCCGCGGAGCUUUACGCAUCUGAUGCAAAGGACAGAUGCGCAGCCUGAGACACGAACACCGGUCUCUGAGUCUUGGAACUUUUUAAACUUGAACAUUUUAAUAAUUCCUGUGAAACAUUGAAAGGAUCUUUAUGACAGUGAGCCAUCUUUGUGAUUAAAACCUUCCCAGGAUGCCUCCCAGAAUCAGGAGCGCCUCUGAUGACCUGCAAGAGUCAGAGACGCGCAGCGGAAUUCAUCCAAAGGCGGAGCAGGAUGUCCUCAGAGAAGCUGCUGGUCCUGCUUUGAGCUCCAGCGCAGACUCACCUCACAAACCGCCGUUUGGAAACAUCACGACCUUCAAAUUUUCCAGACCGAGAGGUGAGGCGCGCGGCAGGCGCAGGGUGAAGGCCAACGACCGAGAGCGCCACCGGAUGCACAACCUGAACUGCGCUCUGGACGCGCUGCGGACAAUCCUGCCGGCGCUGCCCGACGACGCCAAGAUGACCAAAAUAGAGACGCUGCGUUUCGCGCGCAAUUACAUCUGGGCUCUGACCGAGACCCUGCGGAUGGUCGACCACCACGUGCGCCCGGAGCAGCAGCCGCCGGGGGGGUCAGGGCCGAGGAGUCCGGCCAGCGCCUGCUCAGACUGGGACUCUGCGUCCUCCGGAGAGCCCUGGGGCGGAUCCUCUGACUCUACCUGCUCUGCAGAUCACCUGGACUGCCGCGCGCCCUCAGUCUUCCCCGUCACUUCACACUUCCGGUCUGUCUGUAGUGGCGUGGAUGCCGGAAAUACUUGGCUUUCUGAAGGUCAAAGGUGAUCUAUCUUAUAGACAAACAUUAAAAAUGGACAUUGGAGGUUCUCAGGUGACAAUCACCUG